CAUUGAACUCGAAUUGUUAACAGACAUUGACAUGGUUCUCUUUUUCGAGCGGGGAAUUCGCGGCGGUCUUGUUCAAGUGUCGGACCGCCACGCUCAGGCCAAUCAUCUAGACCUUGGGGACUCUUAUCAACCUUCUGAUAAGGAUUCUUAUCUCUCAUUUGUUGAUUCAAAUAAUUUAUACGGAUAUUCCAUGUGUCGCCCUCUACCUACAGGACGGUUCAGUUGGUUGACAUGCUAUCAAAUUUUGAGAAAAGAUUUUGUAACCGAGAUCCCAUAUCAACCAUUCCCGGCCAAUGGACUCUCUAGUGGUUGUGAAAUACUUUGUUUCGAUUUGACGGAGAUGCCGGAACCGACAAUCAGUUCCACUGUUAACAUCAAAAUCGUGAUGGAAACUUUACCCGAUCACGUCAUUCCUAAGAAUACCUCGGCCUAUUGUCUCAUUUUACAUCAACAGGAGUUCGCUUACCAACCGUUAACAGAUAUCGUAACUCAUGUAUAAAACAGUCUCGAAUCGCAUCAAUCGUCAUUUCUUCUUUACGUCUCAACCACACCAGAGAGAGAGAGAUAUAUAACAAUGAGUGAAGUAGGAGAGCAACAGCUACAGGAGCGGCCGCCGCCGCCGCCGCCAGUUUCUACUCCUCCCCCUCCUAGUCCUGAUGGUAGUGACAUGGAUGGGGUAGAACAGCCCCCCUCGAGUGUUUUUCAUUUUAGUGGUGGGGAAGAAGAAGAGGGAGAAAAGACCAGACGCAAAAGAAGAAAGAAUAAGCAAAAGGGGUCGGAAUGUACGACACAAUGUGAUUUACAUUGUAAAACGAAACCUAAAAGAAUAAGUAGUCUGAAACGCAAACCUACGGACAAACAACGUGUACGAGGACGAAUGCAGCAGCAGCAGCAGUCUCUCACCGGGGAUGCAUCUCCGGCUGCGGAAGCUGGGGGAUGUGCUGUGAACGUUACACGGUGUGCCAGAAACGCUGCGGAAUGGUUAGCGAGGGCUGUUGUUACUUUGUGCAAUGAUAAUAACAAUAAUAGUGGUACUGAAAAGUACAUGUCAGAUGCAAUGUAUACCUUCUAA